AUGUCACGGGAACAAUACCGAACGUUCCACACGGGGAGGCGGGGAAAUCCCUUGCGCCGCCGCCGUAAUUAAAUGUGCAGUAGCACAGCUCUAACAGUGUCACUCUUACUGACACCAGCAGCUGGUCGAGAGAGUGGCCUGGGAAGAGGACAGACACUGGGGAAGCAGUGACAGCUCUGGCUGGCAUUUCGCACCACUGCGGCCUGGAUUGAGCGCUGCAAUGUCGAAACCGAGAUGCGGGUCAUACAAAUCAGCCUGGGACUGCUGGAAGUUCUGUGGGAACUCAGCACAUCACUCCGGAUGUCCAGAGCUACCGAAAGAACCCUUGGGGAGCUCAGAAGUCAUGGAAUGUUGCCAAAAGUGCCUGGUGGCUUGACUUUGACCCUUCUAAAGAUGUACCACCUGUGUAUGAGGACAUAAAGAGUCACCCGAGUUUGAAUGGUGCAAGAAUGAUAUAUUUACAGAGUGAAAUAUAAGUUUUAGAGUUUUAGUACAAAGGAAUUAUAGAGACAAGAUAGAGAAAUCAAAGCCUGUCUCGUAGUUCUUCUUCUUGUCAUCCAUCUUCUGUGGUGAUGUUGUUAGCAUUUGUAGAUUAGUUCAUGGUGAAGAUGCACUUGCUAACACAAGUAAAAAGUAUUGGGAAUAAAAGGUAAAUAUGUUAUACGUAGUUUUUACUAUAAAAAGACACGGUCGCCCCGUGGACGGUCAGAGUGCCUUUGGCUGCCUUGCUGGUCAGAUCACGGCUGGGCAAAGAGAAAACUAUAUAGAUAAGAAAUAAUAAACAAAUCUGAAGACCAAAAAAUCAGAGUCCAGAUUUGCCCUUUGAAGCACAGGCUGCCCCAGAACCAUCCUACGCGUGUCUGGGCAGAGACAGACAGCCGACCAGACAUUUGGCGUCCCUGGGUGGGCUGUGUCCAAGCGGGCAGCUCCUAGGCGGGCAGUUCCCGGAGCUGGACUUGUUCCCAGGAGAGCACUGAUAACUCCUUGGGAAGGCAACCAGAAGAAUCUGGAGAAGCAGCAGCCAUUGAGAACAUCGCACUCCACUUCUGCCGAAGAAAGCUUGUACCAGAACAGCCCGGACCGGAAUCAGAAAGGCGCCCUGAAUCCAUCUCCUGUCAUCUGCUGGACAGAUAUCGGGAGCCUUCGGACUGCUCUGACUACACAAAUUCAGUGAGAAGGUAAAAAAUUAGGAACAUGGGGAACACAUACUCACAGGAGCAAUUAGAGAUUCUGUCAGCCUUACAAGGCGUGGCAGAGGUGCACACAGAGGGAAUUUCUAAGAAAGAGCUCAAGGAUUUACUGUUGUGGGUGAGAUUUAAUUACCCAUUUUCAGAGACCCGUCUGUUGUUUGAAGUAGGUUUCUGGCAGGAAGUUAAUAGACAUAUAUAUCUCUUAGCUACAAAAAAGGAUGAGACGGCCUUGAAAUUGCUGUCUCCAGCAAGGACCAUGUUAGAGGCUACCUUGGCUAAAUCUCGGAGGUUAGCCAGGCAAUUACUUGUUACAAAUCCCACAGCGGCAGGGGGGAUGAGAGACAGGCUCGGAGCAGAGAUUGACUCUAGUCCCAAUUGGCCCGAGGGAGGCAGCUCCCGAAGAAAGGGAGCAAGGAGGAGUGUCACUGCCUCCAGUCCCACUACCCCGAAAAUCCAAGAGACCUCCAAAACGCCCUGAAACCCCAGAAACUGCAGGGGGUUCAGGCUCUGACUCAGACACAAAUACGAUCCCAAUCCCAGAUGAAUUAAAGUUUUCCCCCAGUGAGACUGAGGAGUCAGGACAUCCUGUAGGGGCGGUUCCUCCCAGUCCACAAAAGCCAAAGGGAGACGGAAAGGGGGGUCGAAGGGGGAUCAGAGGGGUGAGGGAAACGCUUUCUCGCCGCGGCGGUCCUGGCCAGCAGGGGGAGCACGGAGGCGGUGGGGGACAUGAGUUGUAGUGCGAAUUUUGUGAGCACGACACCGAGCGCAGUGGCAAUCUCGGCUGGCGCGGUGCCGGAGACAUGCCCGAGAGGGGGGACUCGUGGGACAUCCGAGAAGAGCUCUCAAAUCAUAGGGUCCACAUCAGAUGCUGGCGGUAAGCUUGGAGCAGCUUCAGAGCUCCAAGCGGCACCCAUAAGUAGACGCAGAGGACGCGCAGUGAUGAUGCAGGACCCAGAAGUCGAGACGCGGCGAUUUGUCCGGAUCGCGGAGCGAAUGCAGGCACAGGCGGGGCAAGGGCUGCACGCACAGACAGGGAGCGUGGAUACAGCGUCAACAGAGGAAGAGAGGGAGUCAGAAACAGACACUAGGGAAGAGACAUCAGAGGUGGAACGAGACAGAGACAGUGACGUCAGUGUAGGAGAGACAAGAAGCAUUUCCGAGGGUGCGCACGCGCGGAAAGUGUGGACAAAGCGCAGUCGGGGGCAAGUCCGAUCCCCUGUGACGUCUCGGGCGAAGAGGGGCCGUGCUCAGAGUUCCACAUCCCGGGGCUCCACCCCCUCUCCGGUUCCGGCCCCCUUGAUCUCAAUCCUUGUGGUUCAAACCUCUCCCAUCCCAGAGAGGCGUUCACGUAUUCAGCCUCCAUUGUUAGCUCAUUCAAAAUUCGUGCAAACUUGGUUCCAACAAUCACAAAUUCUGCACUCAGCCGAAACAGCUGAAGAGCUGAUUGAGUUCGUGAUGUCAUCACGGUCGCCCAAGCAGAUGACAGCACCACCCUGUGGGGGGAUGACCGCAGCGCAAGACAUAUCAGACCUGGUCAGCAGAGCCACAGCGCCAUCUCGUGGCCAGACUGCAACAAUGCACCAGUUUUUUCCAACCACAUAUAAAAAGAAAACCACAUCAAAGAAAACAACACAACAAAUGAAUUAUCCAUCGACUUCAGAAUCUUAUGAAUUUAAAGACACAUCACAUGAAGCACAACUACAAGGAGAAAACAUGAUACAAAUCACAAGAUCGAAAAGAAUUCCGGCAUAGAUGUUUUCAGCAGCAGAAGCAGCAAAGAGCUUUCUACAUUCGUUUGAUACAGCAAGGAAGACACAGCCACAAAAAUUUCAAAUUCCUUUUUCAGAUUUGGGAGUGAAGCCAAAAACCUCAAGUCAAAGAAUGUAGACCAAAGAAUCACCAAUGACCUCCACGACUCCACUGUGCAUGCAGUUGCCAAUAGAGUUUCCAGAAGAAGAACAACAGCCAGUGAAGACGAUAGAUAUUAGAAACGCAUCAAGAAAGCGUUGUCCAAAGAGAAGGAUCUGCUACAGAGAUCAAGAGAUCUGACAAUGCCAGUGACGUAUGAUGCACAGAGCCAGAAUCCAAGGUGAGAAAAGAUGGGUCACGACGUAAUCAAAGACUUAGCAAAGGCCAUUCAAAAUAAUGGGCUGAAUUCACAAUAUUUCAAACAACUCCUGAGGGAGACAUUUAAUAUAUAUGACCUCACACCAUAUGAUAUUCGAAGCCUUGUGUCGAUGAUCCUCACAAACACACAGAAUCUCAUCUGAGAAAAAAGAUGGCGAAGGUAUCUCACAGAGUUGAAGAACAGUUAUCAAAGUGGGCCAAACGCAAACCUCACCGUGGCACAGUUAGCAAGAGAUCCUCCAGAUGACAAUCCAGCAAGCAGUAUGACUUCCAAGGAGAGUGUUGAAUGACGUUAAAGAAGCGGCGCGAAGAGCGAUCUUGCAGAUUGCUCCGGCAAGAGUUCCAGACGUUCCAUUCUCAUGCAUCAAGCAAGGUCCUACAGAACCAUAUUCAUCAUUUAUAGAUCGACUCUCGCAAGCUGUAGAUAGGCAGGUGACAAUCGAAAACGUGACGCAACCUCUCAUGGAAAGUCUAGCCUUUGGCAAUGCCUGUGGGAAAGACAUUCUGUGCUGUUUUCGUGAGCUAGCAAAGGCCUCCUGAAGAAAAGGAGAAGCCCCAUAUCUCUCCUGAAGGAAGACCAAGGUUGUCACCAUGGAGACAGAGUGGAGGAGAGAAAGUUAAGAGAUAUGGACUCUGGCUAGCUUACAGAGUGAGGUGGCUCCCCAAUAACCUACUGGGAACUUUGUUUCUCUUAUAUGACCAAUGGACAUUGAAUGUGUAUGCUGGAUGGGUGUAAGUGUCUUGAAAAGUAUAAAAGCAACCUUGCAAAUAAUAAAUCUCUCUCUUGCACCUUUUGAUGGAGUCGUGUACUUUUGUACCGUGUCAUACUCUAUUGUGACAAAUGCCAACCCAGAUUGUCAACAAGUCAUCACUGCAAUGCCAAGACGACCAUCCUUGGCAGAGAUGGUGGAGGCAUGCAGCAAAGUGAGAACACCUCAACAUGUUGCGUCGAUCAUGAGAGACAAGCUGAGAGAAGAAUAAGAAGCACAGAUGAAAAGACACUCAGAAAAACAGUCAGAAGAAAAAGUGCUGGAAAAAAUGCUUCAACAGCAAAAUGAAAUAAUAGAAAAAGUUCUUGCAACCAUCCAGAAGAAGAACAAUCCAUCAAGAGGACAAUGCUACAAGUGUGGGGUGUUUGGACACAUGAAGAAGAAUUGUCCACAAGCGCAUGCACAAGUGCAAGCACCAACACCGCAAAAACCACUCUGCGCACAGUGCGGAAGAAGAAGGAACUCUGUGAAAGAAUGUUAUUCUCAGACAUACGCAGAAAAGAAUCCUUUACCGUAUCCGAGAAACGGAAAAAGGAGCGUGCCUGCAGAUCGCCAGCGCGCCAUGACGUAAGUGAUAGCGAUGGCACAAGAGCAAGCAAGACAGUCAUCAGAGAACGUCAAGCAGACACCCUCAACAAAGUCCUCAGCCGAUUCCCCAGCGACCCAGACCUCCUCCCACCAAGAGCACAGUGCACACUGGCAGCUUCAAAAUUAAUAUACUUCUUAGAUGAAAGUCAUGUGGAGAUACCAACAGGUGUCCACAGAGAUUCAUACAAGAAGCAAGAUUUUUUAAUAGUAAGACAAGACAGAAGUAGCAUCCUUAGGCUCGUUGUUUCAGCGGACAAGAAUACAGAGCUAACAGUUUUAGCAAGAGUUCUCUGUCCACCAUUGACCGUGGCAGAAAACACUCAAGUCGCAAGACCUUUCACCUUGCCACCACAUGCCAUUGAGCAAGUCAUGUCAAUUUUCGACGAAGAAGGGCUUCCUUUGAAAGAGCAUGUUGAGAUACACACCACAUGGAUAAAGCACAUAAGCCGAGAUCGACCCACACUCACUUGUCAGUUGACUUGUAGAGACAGAACAAUAGCGGUCAGAAGAAUGCUUGACACAGGGGCAGAUGUCACAGUAGUAUCUUACAUUUUUUAGCCCCUUGAUUGGAGCUUGAUUGCACCCUUAGAGUCUCUCUCAGGCAUAGGGGGAGUUUCUCUGUGUCUGCGAAGUGAGAAUUCCAUCGUUGUGACAGAACCAAAAAACAAGAUGGCAAUCAUUCUUCCUUUUGUUGUGCAAAAGCCAAUCACAGUUUGAAGAAGAGAUCUUUUAACACAAUGAGGCACAAAGAUCGAGGUAGAUUUUUAGUCGGAGCCACUGCAGCACUCGCCACACUGAAGCUGACUUAAAAACCAGAUGAUCCAGGUUGGGUAGAUCAGUAGCCCCUUGAACGAGAAAAGUUGAGUGCACUGAAAAACCUAGUCCAAGAACAAUUGCAAAAGAGACACAUCAAGCCAACAGACAGCCCUUAGAAUUCUCCAGUGUUCAUCAUUAAAAAGAAACUAUCAAGCAAAUGAAGACUGUUGCAUGAUCUCAAGAAGAUCAACAAAGUCAUUGAAGACAUGAGACCUCUUCAGCUAGGACUUCCAUCAGUUUCGAUGAUUCCCAGAGAUUAGCCACUUGUGGUCAUUGACCUCAAAGAUUGUUUUUUCAGUAUUCUGCUUCAUCCAGAUGAUGCGCCAAGACUUGCCUUUUCUGUUCCAAGUGCUAACAAAGAAACGCCUCUGCAGCGGUACCAUUGAGUCGUACUUCCUCAAGGUCUGAAGAACUCGCCGACAAUCUGUUAAUAGUACGUGACACGAGCUUUGUCACCAGCGCAGAAAAAAUUCCCGAAAGUGAAGAUCAUUCAUUAUAUAGAUGAUUUGCUCAUUGCGGCAUCAACACAACAAGAGCUGCAAAAAGCUCGUGACUGUGUGAUUGCAAAAGUGCAAAAAGCAAGUUUAGAAAUCAGUGUUUCAAAAAUCCAAGAAGUCGCACCUUAGAAAUAUCUAGAGUAGAAGAUCUCAGAGAAAACAAUAGGACCCCAGAAGAUAGAAGUCAGCACAAAAGUCAACAAUCUGCAUGAUUUACAACAACUCUUAGGAGAAAUCAACUAGAUGAGACCAAUUUUAAGAAUCACGAACAGCGACAUUCCAGCGUUGCUCGAUCUCUUGAGAAGAGACACAGACAUUCGAUCUCCCAAGACACUCACAUGAGAAGCAAAGAAUUAGAAAAAAGUACAGAUGCUAUUCAGAAAAGACAAGCACAUUGAUUUGUUGAAUCGUUUCCUUUUGAGUUGACAGUGCUAAGAAAAAAAACACAGUUCCAUAGUUUGAUCUUCCAAUGAGAUUCAUCUCAAAGAAAUUCUUUAUUAUUCAUAGAGUAGAUUUUCUUACCAUACAAGCCUUCAAAAACAAUUCUCACAGAUUUAGAAAUGGCAGCACAGAUCAUCAUAAAAAGAAGAACAAAAUUGCUGACAAUAGCAAGACAGGAAUUCUCAAUCAUCCAUUUACCUUUGAAGAAAGAUUUUUUCGAUUGAGCAAUGCAAAAAUCGAAAGACUUGUUAAUUGCAUUGUUAGCCUUUCCAAGAACUUACACAAUUAACUUUCCGCAGCCCAAAGUGUUGCAAUCACAAAUAUGUUACAGAGCAAAGCCAAGAAUAAGUAAAGAACCUCUAGACGAGAUCAGUGUUCACUGAUAGCUCAAAGAAGACACACAAGUCAGUGAUCACGUAGAUGAACUCAACGACAGGAGACUGAGACUCAAAUGUGAAGACAGUUCAAAGCUCUCCACAAAUUGUAGAAUUAGCAGCUGUCAGCCAAGCAUUUCAGUUAUUCAAGCAACCUCUCAAUUUAGUCACAGAUUCUGCAUAUGUCACGAGUGUAGUAAGACAAUUAGAAAGUACACUUUUGAAAGAAGCCAACAACAAAGUUUUAUAUUCAUAUCUGGCAAGCAUGAAAACAUUGCUAGAAAGCAAGGAACACGAAUAUUUUAUCACUCACAUGAGAGCUCACACAACACUUCCAAGAUUUCUAGCAGAAGAGAAUGCUCGAGCAAACAAGUUGACAAUGCCCAUUUCACAAACACUUCCAGACAUUUUUGAGCAAGCAAGAUUAAGUCAUGCAUUUUUUCAUCAGAAUGCACAAGUGCUGAUAGAAUCUUUCCGUCUCACAAAAACUCAGGCGAGAGAAAUCAUUAGUGCUUGUCCAAAUUGUCAGCUUCUGCAGCCACCUGCUUCCACAAGAACAGUCAAUCCACAAAGACUGCAAAGUCUUCAACUGUGGCAAGCUGACGUCACAAAAUAUUCAUCAUUUAGAAAACUCAAAAAUGUUCAUGUUUCAGUAGACACAUUCUCAAGAGCAGUCUUUGCUUCAGCACAUGCAGAGAAAACAGCAGAUCAUGCCUGUUCGUCAUUUCUUGCAAGCAUUUGCAUCAUUAGGCGUACCUCAAGAAAUAAAAACAGACAAUGGCCCAACAUAUACAAGCAAAGUGCUUGACAAAUUCCUGAAAAGGUGGAGUGUCAGACACACAUUUAGCAUUUCACAUUCAUCCACAAAUAAAGCAAUCAUUGAAAAAACACAUCACACCCUGAAAUCCCUUUUAGAUAGACAAAAAAGGGGAGAGCCAGAGGUGACGCCUCACAUGAAAUUAAACAAAGAGUUUUAUGUGUUAAAUUUUCUUAACAGUUCAUCUUCAGAGCCCAAUCCACCAAUCUUGAGACAUUUCUCAAAUAGCUCUCAAGCAAAACUAAGAGAGAAUCCUUUAGUUUUGAUCAGAAACCGAGAGUCAAGACAAAUAGAGUCCUUUCAAACUAAUCACUUAGAGCAAGAGUUUAGCUUGUGUUUCCACAGAGCAAAGUCUGAAGUGUCGGUGCGGCACGUGAAGCCAUUUCAGACACAAGAACAAGAAAGCACUGAUGCCAGAAACAAAGAGACAAGCACUCAGAAGAAGCUCAAGCUGCAAGCAAUGACUCAGAAGAAACAAAAGAAUAAAGACUUUAAGAGUUUUCCUUUAAAGUUUAAAGUGAAAAGAUGGAAAUGUUUUUUCACAAAAGUAACGUCAUGAGCUUCAUAAUUGUCUGUUGCUCUAAACAACAAGGCAAAUUUACCUGUUGAUCAACCAAAAAAAAAUGUUUGAGAAGCUUUAGCCCAGGCAGCAAACUUAGAUAGUAUCUGCCUGACACACUCCAGACCAGAGAGACCAUUCUCAGCAUGCAAGGUUCAAGUUGCCAGUGAGCGAGUAGCCGAUUCCAAGACACCCUCCAGUUGAAAUUUCACAAGUCGUUAAAGAUCCUGUGAACGAGUAGUGUGCUUAGAUGCAUCUCCUUCCUGUAGCUUCUACUGAACCUCAAGAAUUAGAAAUUUUCAGAUCCAUGGCAAUAGAGCUAUGCAUGCAGUUUGAAAUUCCAAAUGUAGCAAAAACAAACAAAACCACCGACGUCACUCCAAAUCAUAAAUUUUAUAAAAAUGCAUUGGCUUAGUGCAAGAACACCACGACGACAACCAGAAAGUCACUCCAAGUUCCAGUGCAGUUGCCAAGAAGAUUCUUCUUGAUUUGCAAAGACAGAAUUUGGCACAGUGUUCCUGCAAAUGUCAAGUCCAUGCAGCACUGGAAAGAUUUCAAUGCUGUCACCAGAUUUGAAAUUGCUGAAAGAGCAAAAACAUAAAGAAAAAAGAUCUUUACAACAUUAUAGUGCAGAUUGUGAUGAUGAAGUGUACACUUAAAACAAGGCAAAGAGAAUUGCGACAGCAAUCUUCUCACCUCAGACAGCGUCAGGAGUAGCCUUGACUCAACUAGAUCACAUGAGUUGUUAGUUGAGCAAACAUGCUCAAUCACUCUCUCUUACACUGAGCGACAUGUUGGAAGACAUAGACAGUGUAAGACAGGCAACUCUUAAGAACAGAGCAGCGAUCGAUUAUCUGUUGUUUGCUCAUAGACAUAGAUGCGAAGAGUUUGAAAGAAUGUACUGCAUGAAUCUCUCUAACCAUUCAAAGGCGAUUCACGAAAAUAUCCAAAAAAUAGAAAACAGUAUAAAGAAACUUAGUGAAAUCACUGUCUUAGAUUGAUGACUUAGUUAAGUUCUUUGACCUUUCUCUUUUAUGGAGAGAGCUUUUAAGAAUAGAGUUUUAUGUUUUAUUAGUUCUCAUAGUCCUCAUGCUUUUUGUACCGUGCAUCUUUUUAUGUGUACAGCGUGCCAUGAGUCAAGUUGCAAAAGAAGUGCUUUUGUGCAAACAGAAGGGGGAGAUGUAGGAACUCAGCACAUCACUCCGGAUGUCCAGAGCUACCGAGAGAACCCUUGGGGAGCUCAGAAGUCAUGGAAUGUUGCCAAAAGUGCCUGGUGGCUUGACUUUGACCCUUCUAAAGAUGUACCACCUGUGUAUGAGGACAUAAAGAGUCACCCGAGUUUGAAUGGUGCAAGAAUGAUAUAUUUACAGAGUGAAAUAUAAGUUUUAGAGUUUUAGUACAAAGGAAUUAUAGAGACAAGAUAGAGAAAUCAAAGCCUGUCUCGUAGUUCUUCUUCUUGUCAUCCAUCUUCUGUGGUGAUGUUGGCAUUUGUGGAUUGAUUCAUGGUGAAGGUGCACUUGCUAACACAAGUAAAAAGUAUUGGGAAUAAAAGGUAAAUAUGUUA